AUGGCAGAACCCUCGCUAAGCUCGUCGCACAAUGGCUCGUCCCAGCGGGACCAGGCCAUCCUCUCGCAACAUCUCGAUCCCCAAUUCACCGCUUCCCUCCACGAAGAGGCUAUCCUCCCCGACAACGGCGAUGGCGCGGCCUCGAACUCGACCGAUCCCUCCGAGCCUCAAUCCUCGCUUCUCCUUCAGGGAGGAGACAUGCACCGUGACCUUUACCGCCUCGACGCCAAAACGAAGCGUGCACGCAUGGACAAACGGGCAGCGACCUUUUCCGCCAUUCCCCGCGAACACGAUCUCGUUGACGAGGGCGGUGCGACGCUCGAACCCGGUGCCUUUCGUCGGAACUUUAUCCGUAAUCAGCAGGGCUAUGACCACCCCGCCCUUCAUCGUUCGUUCCUCGAAUACCUAGACAUGUACGGCAAUUUCGCGGGCGAGGAUCUGGAGGAAUCGGAGGAUGAAACGGAACAAGGGGAAGAGGAUACACAGGAGGAAGGGGAGCGGAGACCGUUGCUCGGGGGCCGCAAGCACAAGCGCUCGCGCUCUAAUCGGCCGGGUGAUGCCUCGAACACGAAGACCUUCUUCACCCUGCUCAAGGCGUUUAUCGGCACUGGGAUUAUCUUCCUGCCAAAAGCGUUUCGAAAUGGAGGUAUUCUGUUCUCGUCGCUCACCCUGGUGACGGUUUCUUUGAUCUCGACGCUAUGCUUUCAUCUCUUGCUGGAAUGUCGGCGGCGUUAUGGCGGAGGAUAUGGCGAUCUUGGAGAGCAGAUCGCCGGCCCUAGGCUCCGAUCGUUGAUCUUGGCUUCGGUGGCCAUUUCUCAGAUCGGGUUCGUCUGCGCCUGUCUCAUCUUCACGGCUGAAAACAUGCGAGCGUUCUUCUUGGCUGUAGUGCCCGAGACCGUUCAGUCCCUGUCGACACUCCGCUUGAUUGUACUCCAGCUGGUUGUACUCACCCCUUUGGCCAUGAUCCGGAAUAUCUCCAAGCUGGGCCCGAUCGCGCUGAUUGCGGAUGCCUUUAUCCUCUUCGGUCUGGGUUACAUCUACUGCUAUGACCUUGCGAGUUUGGCGAGCCGGGGCAUGGCACCGAACGUGGACCUGUUCAACUCCGACACCUUUACCCUGACUAUCGGAUCGUGCAUCUUCACGUUCGAGGGUAUUGGCUUGAUCCUUCCUAUCCAAUCAUCUAUGAAGAAGCCGCAGUGCUUUGAUCGACUGCUCUACACCGUCAUGUUCAUCAUCACCGUUCUGUUUACCGGCGUCGGUGCUCUUUCGUAUGCCACUUUUGGCGCCGACACAAAAACUGAAAUCAUCAGCAACCUUCCUCAGAACAGGCGCCUGGUCAACACCGUCCAGUUCCUCUAUUCUAUUGCCAUCUUGGUCGGAACUCCGAUUCAACUGUUCCCGCCAGUUCGCAUCAUCGAAGGGAACCUGUUCGGAUCGGCGUCUGGCAAGCGAGAUCCCGGGAUCAAGUGGAAGAAGAAUUCCUUCCGAACAGUCGCCGUCCUUGCAUGUGGUGUAAUUGCAGCCGUCGGGGCAGGCGAUCUGGACAAGUUCGUGUCUCUCAUUGGAUCAUUUGCCUGUGUACCGCUUGUGUACAUCUACCCGGCGUACCUGCAUUGGAAGGGUGUCGCCGAUUCUACAUGGGCCAAGCGCGGUGAUUUAGCCAUGAUGGUAUUGGGAUUCAUAUUCAUGGUCUACACCACCGCAGCGACGGUUUCCAGCUGGGUGGCCGACUCAUGA